AUGACUGUAAACACAGUAACUCAAAAUACCACAGUUAAUUUUGUGGCUGUUGUUAUGGAUACAGCAACUAUGCGAACCUGGACAAUCUGCCCUGUCCAGAUCCUGACGAAGUGUCAGCUCAGUGCGCCCGCUGCCGCCCCGCCGGAGGGGUGUGGGGUGCCGCCGCCGCCGCCGCUGCGGCAGCCUGGCCAGUGCGCUGCGCGACCCCGCGGCUGGCGCGCCCGUGCCGUGCGGCGCCCCGGCUACGAGUCACCGGCGGUGCUCGUGCCAUUGGCCGACAACAGGUUUCCUCGGCUGCAAAGAGAUCACAUUUGGUUUCCUCGUGUGACGAGAGUCCAUUACAUUGCCGAAACUGACGAAAUCUGUGGUGAAAUCGUGCAUAGGAACCAUAGGACCAGAGCGCCUGUACAGAAUGCAUUCCUUAUGAUCCAAGAUCACUUUUCGUGGGUUCAGAGGGAUGGCAUGCAGAAGAUCAUCCUGCAUAUCUACAAAAAUAACAGUGGAGCUCUUCAAACCUUGUGCUGUGUUCUCAAGUUUGAGCCGUAUGCCUCCAGGUGUCACUCAGUUUGCUUGUUAUGCAGAAACAGAGCAUGAUCAAACUGACAGUGGAGGUGUAUAUUGGUGCUGAACAUGCUAAGAGUUGCCUGUGGUGCCACGAGACACAGUCACUAAUUAUUGUAAGAAGAUGCUUUAGAAUGGAGCAUCACAAAGCUCUUGCUUAAGGGAAAGGCUAUAAAAGCAUGGUAUGAUUUGUUUGUGGAAACAGGCUGUGUGGCACUUCGAGAGAAAGGGAAAGGUCACCCAUGGAAAGCAGGCUCUCGUGCA